CCAGGCCGCUGAAAUACAAAUUGUGGCCGUCGUUACGAAGUAGUUUCUUUUACUCGGGUCAAAAUGGGUAUUGACAUUAACCAUCGAUAUGACAAAAAAAAGCGAAGGACCGAGCCUGUCUCCCAAGACCCUUACCUUCGUUUACUCGUAAAGUUGUAUCGAUUUCUUGCACGAAGAACAAGCUCAAAAUUUAAUCAAGUUGUUCUAAAAAGACUUUUUAUGAGCAAGAUUAAUAGACCUCCAGUUUCUAUUUCUAGAAUUGCAAGAAGAAUGAAAAAGCCAGGAUGUGAAGAUAAAAUUUGUGUUGUUGUUGGAACCAUAACUGAUGAUAUCAGACUUAUUGAAGUCCCUAAGCUCAAGGUGUGUGCUCUUCGUUUAACAGAAGGUGCUCGUACACGUAUUCUGAAAAGUGGUGGUGAAGUAAUUACAUUUGAUCAACUUGCUCUUCGUUCCCCAACUGGUAAAAAAACAGUGUUGUUGCAAGGCCCAAGAAAAAGUCGUGAAGCUUGUAAGCACAUGGGUCGUGCACCUGGUGUUCCCCACAGUACAACCAAACCUUAUGUUCGAUCGAAGGGUAGAAAAUUUGAAAGAGCUCGAGGUCGUCGAGCAUCUUGUGGAUACAAGGUUUAAAUGGAAAUACAGAGCAAAACUUA